AUGUCGAAGCGGAAGCAACAACGCAAGGCCAAGGCGGUAGGUCAAGCCACCACCGCAAGAACACCUGAUGGGUCGCCCGGGACGAGUGACGAUCAAUCAGAGAGUGCCACGCAGGCAGCUGAGCUGGCGACCGGCGCCAGUGAUGCUGAUUGCCCGCAAGCCGUUUCGACUGAAUCUAUUCCCGGAUCGGAAAUUUCGCCGAAAGAUGUGGUGGUGGAUGAGGAAGAAGACGAGUCGCGGACUCGCGUUGCCACGUGUCAUCACCACAAGGGGUUAGAUCUGAAGAAGUUCACGCGCGAGCUGAAGAAACGCCACGUGGAUGCGUGCGAUCCGUGCAGCCAGCACAGCCACCGAUUGGCUAGCAGCAAAAAGAAGGAGCACGCGGCGCCUAUAACGGUUACGGCGGAGGAGUCCCUUUGGGUGUGCCUGGUGUGCGCGCGAGGGUUCUGCGGAGAUGCGGAAAUGGCGGAAGGGGACGCGGAAACAGGGAAAGGGGAUGGCGGAGCGGAAGUUGAAACAGAAAGGAAAGGCGUUGGCGCGCGGGAGAGCGGGCACGGGCACGCGCGGCAACACUGGGGACAGCUGAAGAGCCAUGCGUUAAUGGCGCACGCGCAGUCCUUGCGCGUCUGGUGCUUCCGCUGCCACCGCUGCGUGCUGCUGCGCGCCGAUGGUGACGAACGCGCGCAGACGGAUGGCGCCAAGUGCGCGCAGGCGGAAGAAAAUCCGGUGGGGGAGGGGGCGGAGAGACAGGGGGAGGCGGGAGGGGGAGAGGCGCGGAGUGACACGUCAGCGAAUGCUGCGACCACCCAUGCGAGUGAAGGGGGGAGUGCUGCUGCGCGUAGUGAUGCUGGAGGGGGCGCGCCAUGGCCGCAAAGCCUCCCCUUGGACCAUCCGCUCCGCGAAUUCCUCCUGCUGCUGGCGGAGAGGCGCGCGGAAGUGGCGCGCGCUAAGGCGGCGGAGCAGAGCAAAGGGGGGUCGAAGGAGGGAGCGGCGGAGGCUGGAGAGGGGCGAGGGAAGACGAAGGAGGGGCGGGGUGCGGUGGUUGGUGCGAAGGGGAGAGAGAAGAAGAGCGGAGCGGGGAAAGGUGGGGGGGCAGCAAACGAGGGAGCGAAGGAGGAGGCGGAGGAGGGGGGCGGUGGAGAGGGGGAAGGGGAGGGGGAGGGGGAGCGGCGGGCAGGCGCGGGGGGCGAGGGGCCGAACCUCGUCGCCAUCCCCGCGCUUCGCAACCACUUCCUCGCCAAUCCGGAGCUGCCACUUGUCGAGGCGCCUGCUCUGGCGGGCACGGGGACAGAGAGGCGGGGCGAUGGCGGAGUGGGGAAUGAAGGUGCGGAUGCGGAUGGGGGGGAUGAGGAGGGGUUAGAGAGGAAGGUUGGCGGGGGGCGGAAGGGGGGAGGAGUGAAGGUGGGGAAGACGAAGAGGAGGUUCAAGGGGCCCAUUAGUAUGGCCCUGCGACGCGUCUUUGAAGACUUGAAUCCUGGCCUCGUGCCUGCUGCUGAUUCUGAUGCCGCUGCUGCCGCUGCUACCGCUGCCACAGGCAGCCAAUCGGAGGAGAGCAUCUGCAGUCCGCGCGGCCACGUGGCAAGGGGUAAGGCUCUCCACUCGCGCAGAUCAACAGCCCGCGCGGGGGGAGGAGGAAAGCGGGGCGCGGGGGGGAAGCAUGGCAAGGGGGGCGGGGGGAAACGGGCGCAGCAGCACGAGGCGGAGGGCAGGGGGGGGAAGGCGCCGCCUUACAACCCGCGGGAGCUGUUUGGCGCGGUGUGCAGGUAUGCACCGCGGUUCAGAGGGUACGAGCAGCAGGACAGUCACGAGCUGCUGCGGUGCCUGCUGCAACUGUUGCAGGAGGAGGAGGACGGCACUGCUGCUGCCGCCGCCUCUGCUGCCCGCAAGAAGAAACGCCAAGCUGCAACUGCUGGUCCGCCGCCCCCUCCCCCGCUUCCGCCCCCGCCCCCGACUCGUGCUAAUGGCUCCCCUCGCGUACCUCCCCCUCCUUCCAACCCACCUCCCCCCCCGCCCCCUCCUCCCCCCUCUGCCCCACCGCCCCCUCCUCUCCCCUCCGCCCCGCCGCCUCCCCCUCCUCCCCCAUCCCUCCCUGCGGCAAACGCUGCAGGAUGUGCAGGGGGAAAAGAGAAGGGGGGGAAGGCGGAGAGACAGGGCGGUUUGGGGGCAAUGGGGGACUUGAGUGCGGGGCUGGGGCAGGCAAUAGCGCGGCUGAGGCGCGUGGAGGGGGCCGCUGCCGCGGAGGAGGUGCAGCGACUGAGGGAGGAGCGGGGGGAGGAGGGCGGAGAGGGCAUGGGGCUGGGAUGGCUGGAGGGGGAGGGGAGUGGGGGGGAGGCGGACGGUGGGGGAGCGGGGUGGGGGGAAGAAGAGGCGGAUGAGGAGGAAAGCGAGGAGGAGGACGAGGCGGAGGCAGGGCGGGAGGGUGAGGGGGGACGCGAAGGGGGAGGGGGAGAGAGUGGGAAGAGGUUGAGUGUGGUGGAGAGGCUGUUUGGCGGGGUGCUGAGCAGCACGGUGGUGUGCUGCGAGUGCGGGCACUCGUCCACUGUGAGUGAGCCCUUCCUCGACCUCUCCCUCCCCAUCCCCGUUGCCGCCCCCACGCCCUCCCCCCGCGCGCACCUGGCCGCGCUGAGCAGUAGGAAGGGGCAUGUUGGGGGGAAGGGCGCGGGGGUGGGCGAGUGGACGGCGGUGGAGAAGAGGGAUGGGAAAAAGGGGCGGGGUGACCAAGGGGGGAUGGCAGAGGGCGGGGAGGCGAAGUUAGAGGGGAAGGGGGAAGAGAGAGGGGAGGGAAGGGCGGCCGAGGGGGUGAAAGGGAGUGUGGGCGAUGGGGAGGCGAGCAAAGGAUGCACAGGGACAGACAGCAAUGAUUGCAGUGACGUUAGCAGCAAUGGUAACAGUGGCACCAGCUGCAGCAAGGUGGAUGCAAAGCAAGCGGGUGCUGGGAAUGGUGAGGUGGCGGCAGAUGUUCGUGAUGUGGCGGGUGACGUGUCAAGCCAUGUAGCAGGUGACGUGGCAGGUGACGUGGCAGGUGGAGGUGUGGAAGAGGGACGGGAGGGAGCAGCAGUGGAAGGGGGAGAGGGGCUUGCACGGGAUGGUGGUGAGGCCAGUAGCAGUGGUGCUGCUGUGAAUGGGACCGCUGCUGAUGGGAACACUGCUGAGGGGAUGGCUGCUAAGGAGACGGUUGGUGAGGGGAGAGAUGCCGUCCAGGAGGGUGGGAAGGAGCAGAGGGUGGGAGGAGGAAAGGAGUGGGAGAGUGAUGCGAGUGCGAGGCAGGGUGAGAGCAGUGCAGUCACCGGCGCCUGCAGCGUGCCUGACCCCUCCAGCAGAGAGAGCGGCGCUGACAGCUGCUGUAGCAGCAGCGGUAGUGCCAUGGGGAGCAGCAGCAUGGGUGCGAGUGUGGCAUGCAGUAGCAGUGCAGCGGGCGCACAGGAGGGUGGCGUUGUGAGCAUGAGCACGGAGAAAGGGAAGUUCAGUGCUGAGGAGGUGCUGAGAGGCGACGAUGCUUGGGGCUGCGAUGGGUGCACCGCCAUCAGACGGAAAGAAGCUAGGCGCAGGCGGAGGGAGGAGAGGAGAGGGAGGAGAGGGAGGAAGGGCGGAGAAGGUAGUGGGGGGGAGGAUGCAGAAGGGGCGAGUAGAGAGGGGGCAGAGGUUGUGGGUGGGAGUGUGGGGGAGGUGAGAGGCGAGGCAGAUGGGGUAGUGGUGGCAUCAAAUACGACUGCGGAAGAUAAAUCUUUCAAUCACGUGAGUGCAACAGACGUGAGUGCGGUUGACAACGUGAUUGCAACAAAUGAUGUGAGUGCAGAAAACGCUGAGCCAGCAGGAAACAAUGCACCUGCAGCAGGCAAAGUGGCCACAGCAGGUGGUUGUAACGGCGUGGGCAACAGCAGUCAUGAGGAAUGCAGAUAUGUGGAGCAUGUGGCUCAUGCUUCUGCUGCUGCUGGCACUGCUGCUGCUGAUGCUACUGCUGAUGGCACUGGCGGUGGCAGAGGGGUGGGAGACCAACGAGGGGAGGAUGGGGAUGAGGGGGAGGAGGCAGAGGCAGAGUCAGAGGAGGAGGAGGAGCAGGUGGCUUGGGUGCGCAGUGAGGCACGGAAGAGGUACCGGGUGAACAGGGCACCCCCUGUGCUGGUGGUGCAUCUCAAGCGCUUCCGCCACGACAAUCACGGCAGGCUCUCCAAGAUCAGUGGCCACGUGGCGUUUGGGGAGUGGCUGGACCUCAGCCCAUUCGUCGACCCCCUGCCCCUUGCACCUCCCUCACCCCAUUCAGGCACACCAUCACCAUCACCAUCACCAUCACCAUCAGCAUCGUCCACUUCAGCACCCAAGCCGUCGCACAUACCGGAGGCACCGUUAGCCACGCAGACAGGUGGCAAGGCGCCAUUGGGCCAUGGGCUGGAGGAGCAGUCCCAGGCGGAGGGUGAGCCCCACCGGUACCGGCUGUGUGGGGUGGUGGAGCACAGCGGCACCAUGCGAGGUGGGCAUUACGUGGCUUACGUGCGGCGCGGCUGGCAGCAGCAGCAGCACGGGGCUGGAGCAGAUGUGCAAAGCAGUGGGGAGGCAGAGGUGGGUGCAUGCAGUGGAGCGGAGCUGGUGCAAGCUGGUGGGGCAGAGGGCGGAGGGGUCACAGGGCAAAUCAAUGGGGUUACCGUGGAGGGCAGUGGAGUGCUGGGGAAGGUAUGCGUGGAGCAGGCAAGCGAGUGGUGGGAGGGACCUAGUGAAAUCCAUGGCCGCGCAGUGACAUUUGCUUGCACGCUCUCCACUGGCCCGAAGCCGACUCGCUGGGCUGCCUCGCGGGUUAUCAUGGCUGACGGUCAACCGCCGGAGACGAGUGGUAGGAGACGAGCCAGCCCGUUGAAUCCUUCUCUGAACACCGAGUCGCGUCUGGCCGUGGUAGAGGCGACGGAGGCAGCACGCGAUGAAUGUCGGAGCAGUAACGUCGCAGGAUUCAACGACAGUGAAACCAGGAAAGCGGAGGGCCGUCGCGGUGACGAAGGAUCGUCGUGUGCGCCGUCAGAUGUGAAGGCUCGCUCGUCGCGGCGAUCAGGACGACCUGCGAGCGACCGCGAGACUGCGUCGCACGGAAGCUGGCUUCUUCCGUCAUGGACGAACAGCAAGCGCCUCUCCACCGUCGCAACGUCCAUGCGCAAGAAUUUUUCCAUCGACCGAUUGCACGAGCUCGAACGGUCAUGGAUGACCUGGGCUUUCAGCGUCAAGCUUCCUCCGUGGUUCCGCCGCCACGUCACCUUCUACCGCCUCCACGUCCUCUGCUUCGUUAUAGUCAUCCUCAUCGGCACCUUCAUCAUGUACCUCAUUCCGGGCGGCCCGGGCGGCAAGAUGAGUUUCAUCGACACGCUGUACAGCGUGACGUCAGCCACGUGCCUGACAGGAAUGAUCAGCGUCGACGUUAACGUUUUUUCUGAUGGAGCUAACGUUUUCCGUCUGCUGCUCAUGAUAAUCGGCAGUCAGAUCACGACGUCACUCGUGCCCGUGUACGUGCGUCGCUUCUACUUCCACCGCUACCUCUACCGCGAGGGGUACGUCACGCGUGCCGGCCGACGGAGCGAUCCCGUGGUGGCAGUGCGCAGCGGGGAGGCGGCGAGGGUGGAUGGGAACAGGGAGGGCGAGGGUGGCGGGGAGGGUCUGGGGGUGCUGGAGGAGGAAGAGCGUCGCGCGUCGGAAGACGACAAGGACGCUGGCGCGCGCGAUCAUGCUGCAUUGGGCAGUAAGGCCGAGGGUUCAGGUGCGAUGGCGGUGGGUGGAGGCAAGGUGACCCACGUUCUGAGCGACCCGGCUAGGGUGUCUCCGAUUGGGUCCAGCGGCGCGAGCAGAGGGCGGGACGCUGCUCUCGUGAUUCCCUCCGCGCAACGCGCAGGGGCGGACGGGGCUGACCCCGCGCAGGACGUUGGGGCUGGAGGAUGCGCUGGAACGCACGGUGGGGCCGAUGGCGGGGCGGUACGGGGCGGGGAAGAGAACGCGUGGCACACGUGGUCGGGGGACGUGGCGCGCGCGGAGGGGCAGCGGCUGAAGCUGGCGCUGGAGAUCAUGCGCGUGCAGCAGCAGCAGCAGCGCGAGAACGAGCACCGUCCGGGGCUGUUCCUCCAGCGCACCCUCUCGUCCAGCACCUGGCGCACUGAUGAUGCCGAGGGGGCUAGUGCGGGCGCUGACGCUGAACUGCUGCCCAUGGACCCGGGCGAACGAAGGUUCCUGGAACUGAGGGCGCUGGAGCUGCUGAGCUGGCUGGUGCCGGUGUAUUUCGUGGUGGUGCAGGGCGUGGCCGUGGUGCUCAUGCUCGUCAUCGUGCACGUCUCACCCUCUGUCAGGCAGGUCCUGGACCGCAACGGCGUCAACUCCGUCUUCUUCUCCGUCUUCCAGGUGGUAUCGGCGUUCAGCAACACGGGGCUGAUGCUGCUGAACAGCAACAUGAUGGACUUCAACUCCAACGUGCCGCUGCUGCUGCUGCUCUCCCUGCUCAUGCUCCUCGGCAACACGCUCUUCGCCCCCACGCUGCGCGGCCUGCUGCUGCUGCUGCACCGCGCCUCAAAGGGCGAGCGCAAGGUGGUGUACGAGUAUCUGCUGGAGCACCCACGCAAGUGCUACACGCACCUCUUCCCGCGCUCGUCCACGCUGUGGCUGGUGGCGACGGUGGUGGCGUUCAACAGCGUGGAGUUCAUCUUCUUCUGCGUCUUCGACUGGAGCUCCACUGCGCUCGACGGCCUCUCCAGUGGCACGAAGGUGUUGGUGGGGUACUUCCAGUCCAUCUGCACGCGCACCACGGGCUACAACGUCGUCGUCCUCGCGCUGCUCUCGCCGCCCAUGCUUGUGCUCUAUAUUGGUCUCAUGAACGUGGCAGUGUAUCCGGUGUACCUGGCGCGGCAGACGUCGCGGGAGCAGCGCGAGGUGUACGACGACGAGGACAUCGGCGUGUUCUACGAGGACCUGCAGGAGGGCGUGCUGGACCCGGGCGUGCUCACGCAGGGCAAGAAGCUGUUUCUGCACGACACCGCUCUCAUCUUCUUCGCCAUCUUCCUCGUGUGCAUCAUGGAGAGCGGCAUGAUCUCCAGCGAUCCAGCCAACUUCUCCAUCUUCAACAUCAUCUUCGAAAUCAUGAGUGGCUAUGGCAACGUGGGCUUCUCCCUAGGCUACACCUGUCCAGAAGACGCCCCCCCCGGCUGUGUCUCCCCACCCUACAGCUUCUCAGGCGUGUGGCGCACGGAGGCGAAGGUGGUGAUGGUGCUGGUGAUGCUGCUGGCGCGGCACCGCGGGCUGCCAGACAACAUUGAUGCCGCCAUCGUCAUCCCCGACCAGAAGCAGUUCCAGUCCGCCAAGCCGCACGACGCUGCUGCACCCACAGGCACUGGCGCAGAGCGUGACGACGUGGAGAGCAUUACAUCAUCAAGGAGAGGCGGCAGGGGGCCUGUGAUUCCACACAAGGCCAUGGUGCGAGCCAACAGCAGCAGCCAGAUACUGCUGGGAAGCAGCGGUCGCAGGGCCAGCAUGGAUACAUUUGAUCGUGCUAUGGACAUCCCUUCAUUCUAUACCAUCCCCUGGCCCUCGCUCCAUGCUUCGGCGAAUGGAUGCCUUCAAGCCAUGGCUCCAUCAUGGCAAUCCGCCGACAUACCGAGUGACUCACGUGAGCAGCAUUUCGUCAUUCUCUCCUCCGCGACCACCGCCAUGUCGUCCUCGCCGUCGGCGCGCACCUACUGGUGCCAUCAGUGUGCGACCGUCGCCUCCAUAGGCGUCCCUCUUUUCGAGCCCGCCAUGGUCGGCCCGCGAUGCCCGGCGUGCGGAGGCGGCUUCGUCGAGGAGCUCCCCGCGGCCGCGCUCGCCGGGCCCGCCGCGCUGCACCCGUCGCGCGCGCGUGCCGACCUCUCGUUGGCCGACGCCUGGGCGGACAUGCGCAGCGUGCUCGCGCAGCGCUCCCAGCGCCUGCGCGCCGACGCGGGGUCAUCGCGGUCGUCGUCGCCCGACAUCGGCGGAAGUGCCGCCAUUGCGCGCGAGGCCGCGUCGGCCCCCACCUCCCCUACUCCAUCCGACGGCGGCGAGUCUUCCAUUGUUCCUACCCGCACAGGCCGCUCGCCGCGUCGACUACGCGACGACUCUCGCCGCGUCGCCCUAGAGUCGCUCGAUCCGCCCGACGACGUGCUUCCGCUGGGCUCGCAGCGUCGCGCGAGCGGUCGCGGGGAGUCGCCGGGCGGCGUGUUCGGCGACUACGGCGACGGCGAGGACGGCUUGGCGCGCUUCCUGCGCGACAUGAGAGAGGAGUCGUCGUUAUUGGAGGUCGCCACCGCGCAGCUGCGCGCCAGAAGCGCGCCGAUGAGCGACACCGCCCGGGAGCAGACGUCGGGCAGUGACAGCGAAAGCAUUAACGACGAGAGCAGCGACGACGGCAUUCCGCCACGCGUGGCUGCAUCGCAUGCAGCGGCAGUGGCAGCGGCACGUGGUGGUGGAGGUGGCGAGUUCACGGGGCGAGUGGGCGACUACUUCCUGGGGGACGACUUCAGCGCACUCGUAGACCGCAUCGCCACCGCACACCCUGCGUCCCACACCAGCACGCACACGCCAGCAUCACGGGCAGCAGUGCAGGCGUUGCCGCUGCGCAUAGUGCGCGAGGAGGACGUGGCGGGGGGCGAGGAGGCGUGUGCGGUGUGCCACGAGGACAUGGGCGUGGGCGCCGUCACGCAGCAGCUGCCGUGCCGCCACGCCUACCACAGCGACUGCAUUCUCCCCUGGCUCGCGCAGUCCAACUCCUGCCCCGUCUGCCGCUUCCGCCUCCCCUCCCAGGCUGAAGCCGAUGCUGCCGAUGCAUGCCCCUGGAACCCUGGCGCGUUGCUGGGCGGCCAGUGGCACCAGGGGGGGAACGUUGGUAGGGGCUGGGAGGGCGAGGAGGAGGUGGGGGACGGUGUGGCUUGGUGGAGGGGUGUGGAUGGCAGCAGUGGCGGCAGCAGGGAUGGGGAGGGGGAGUGGGGGUGGCAUGGUAUGCAGCAGGCGAGGGAAGGUGGGGGUGCAGCGUCAUGGCAUGCGGCGUCGUCCUUCUCCUCGCUGCUGCAUCACCACAUCCACACUGCUUCCCCCACGCCCUGGAAUCACCACCAUGCUCAUGCCCACGCCCCCUCCCACACCCAUCACCAUGCCCAUGAUGCAUCCCACGCCCACCACCGCCCUGCACGUUCUCCCUCCACGGUCGUCGGGCCCUGGGGUGCCGCCUCCUCUGACCGCGGGCCUGCCCCCUCCGCUGCCUCUUGGCGCGCGUCCGCCCCCUCUGCUCGCCCCUCGCCCCGCGCCACACACAUGCCCCUGCGUGGCGCGGUGCAGGGCGGCGUGGGGGACAGCGGCGAGCGGCAGGGGGUGGUGGAGGCAGCGAGGCGCGGCAGCGACGCAGGGCGGGGGGAGGGCACGGGAGGAGGAGGGGGAGGAGGUGAGGCGGGGCCCUUGGUGAGAGGGGCUGGGGUGAGCGAGAGGCCUGCUACUGCAGCGUCUGAUGGGCUGGCAGUGUGGCGCCGCGACCUGAUUGGUGCAGCGAGAGGCAAUGUGUUUGCAGACAGGGGGGAGAGGGAGAGGAGGUGGGGAGGUGGGGCAGUGGCGAUGAGAGCCGCGAGUGCAGCGAGGACAGCCCCUCCUCCCCACCGCUCACUCCCUCCUCUCUGGCUGCUGUGCGUGGCAGCAGUGCACAUGGGUCGGCGGAGGGUGGUGUGGGGCGCACAGAAGCAAGGAGGGACAAGCGGAGAGCGAGGGAGGUGCUAG